AUGAAGAGUCAGGAUGUUACAAGAUCUUGUGUUGGUUCAGAUUUUCUGGUCAAAAUAAGGCACAUAACUUGUUUACUGAGGUUCUACCGUCGUUUCUUAAUUUUUCCAGGAUUACAACGGAGUUUUGUUUCUCCUGCAAAGUCAUCUUUUGCCACGGACAAGAUAUGUUCAGGAAGGUGUUUUCAAACAGUUGCAGAAAUCACCGAGAAAGCUGUUGAAGUGGGGGAAAGUAAUAUAAAAUGUGAUUCAGAUGCUAAUACUGAUUCUGCUGCUGCAGUUGUCUCUAGUAUCAAGAAAGAAACCACAUACGAGUACACUGUGCAAUCUAAUUUGAAAAUCUCCCCAAGACAUGAUCUGAUGAUGGUCUUCACUUGCAAAGUAUGUGAAACCAGAACAAUGAAAACAGUCUGUCGUGAGUCAUACGAGAAAGGUGUAGUGGUGGCUAGAUGUGACGGUUGUAAAAACAUACACCUUAUUGCUGAUCGACUCGGGUGGUUUGGUGAGCCUGGUAGCGUGGAAGACUUCCUGGCUGCUCGUGGAGAGGAAGUGAAAAAGGGUUGUACUGAUACUUUAGGUUUUACACUCGAAGAUCUGGCGGGAAAGAAAAACCUAGAAGCUAUAGGAGAAAAGUAGAAUCCAAAUUUGAGAUUUAGAAGUCGUCAUUCUGUAAUGAACGUUGAAUAUGCACGUCUAUAUGUUGAUUCUGCCAGAGUUUUGUUGAAAUGCUUAUAGGUUUUACUUUUUAGCA